CUCAGCAAGUUAUAGAGAAAUCACAGCUAUAUAGGUACUAUAUAUGUAAAAACACGACUCGUCAUAUAUCUCUGGCGCUGCGGAGAAACCUUGACAGCAGGAGCAAGCGCAGCUGCGACGUAAAAUUAAUCGCGUAAUCAUCUUCAAAGCAACAAGUGAAAAUUGAUUUAUUACUGGUGUCAAGCCUCAAAGGCUUUCUCUGGGGUCCGGGCUUUGCCCGUUGGGCGCUCGCGGCUCCGGAGCGCGGAGAAAUGUCGAUUAGAACGGCAGCACAGCGCCUCGUGCACCAUGGUCGGCUCUUCCUUCGCCUCAUCAGGAAGCCGGAGCAAUUUCAAUCCACGAGAGCCCACGACAACAAGAUACACCUUGCACGAGUAGCUGAGUCCCAGGGCCAGGCAUCAGCGGCUACUGGCAAUGCAUCCUCCACUCCGUUUGGCUACCUGGGAGCUCAGGCACGUCGACUCUUCGUUGACAAUGUCUUAAAAAGGGUCACGAACACCUCGGCUGCCGAUCUGAGACGUCGUGCUGCCAGCAGAUUGCUCUUUGGUGGCGAUUCAGCUCCUUUCUUUGCACUUGUGGGAAUUUCAUUAGCUUCUGGCACUGGUAUUUUGACCAAGGAAGAUGAAUUAGAAGGAGUGUGCUGGGAAAUUAGGGAAGCUGUUAUGAGAUUGCAGUGGAACAAGCCUAGAAAUGAUAAAAAUUAUGAAAGUACUUUGAAUAAUCAAGAUCAGUUGAACUUGAAAAAUUUUGCAAUAGGACCAUUGAUAGCUAAAGGAUGUUCAGCAGUAGUAUAUGCAGCUCGUUCAAAAACUAAUGAUGAAAACCAAAAUAAUGAGGAAAUUACAGUUGAUAGAGCAAAUAAUCUAUCUGCCUUUCCACUGGCAAUUAAAAUGAUGUUCAAUUAUGACGCAGAAUCAAAUGCAACAGCAAUCUUGAGAGCAAUGUACAGAGAAACAGUACCAGCAUGGAAACAUUAUAGGAAUGAGGAAUUGUCUCAUUGGGAGCAGAAAAUGGCUGACAAUAAAAGAACUCUUCCACCUCAUGCUAAUAUUGUAGCUAUGUACUCUGUUUUUGCUGAUCGAGUUCCUUAUUUACCUGGUUCAAUCAAGAUGUAUCCAGAUGCUCUACCAGUUCGAUUAAAUCCUGAAGGAUCUGGAAGGAACAUGAGUCUCUUCAUUCUAAUGAAAAGAUAUGAUGUCACUUUGAAACAAUACGUAACCGAACGACAAGUCAGUGUACGAGAAUCCAUUCUAUUGUUUGCUCAAUUGCUGGAAGGUGUUUGUCACAUGAAUUCACAUGGAAUUGCUCAUAGAGAUCUUAAAGCUGACAACAUUCUUCUUGAUAUAUCUGAAGAAACUGACAACUGUCCUACUCUAGUUAUUACCGAUUUCGGCUGCUGUUUAGCAGACAACAAUCAUGGUCUUUAUCUUCCAUACACUUCGCAUGAUACUGACAAGGGUGGAAAUGUUGCACUCAUGGCUCCUGAAAUUGUGACAGCUGAUCCAGGACCAUUUACCAGUCUCAAUUACACGAAAUCGGAUCUUUGGACAGUCGGUACAAUAGCUUAUGAAAUUUUCGGUUUGACAAAUCCAUUUUAUGGGACUGCUAAGGAAAAAGCUUUAUUGAAAAAUUAUGAUUAUAAAGAAGAUGAACUUCCACCGCUACCCGACGCUAUUCCAACUGUCAUUUCGGCGUUGGUGCAAAAUAUAUUAUCGCGCAGUACUUACAAGCGUCUUAGCACAGAAAUGGCAGGUACUAUAAUUCAAUUGUAUCUUUGGGCUCCAAAUGCUUGGCUUCAAAAAGACACAAAAAUUCCAUCGAGUAGCGAGAUCUUGCAGUGGCUUUUGUGCUUGACGACAAAAGUAUUGUGCGAAGGUCGACACAAGGUAACUGAACAAGCAACAAACGUCGUCGAUUCAUUACAAGAAUUACCACAUCAAAUAACUUAUCAAAGAUCUUUAUCAACACGAUCUUGCGGACGACGCACAAUGCCUGAGUAUCAGCUUAUUGCAUGUUUCCUUGGAAGAGUAAGCUUGAAUAACAUCCGCGAGGGAUUUAAAUGGAUCCAGAGAAAUACGUAAAUUCGUCGCGAACUAUUUUCAAUUACAAUUACGUAAUUCUGUUAUUUAUUUUAAACUCUCACUGAUACAUGGUGAAAUCAUCGCUGAACUUAAUAUGUUCUUUAAAUCAAUUUUAUUUUUGUCCUAAGCUUAUUUUUUAUAUUCAACGGAAGCAGCAAAAAUGAAAUUUCCAAUUAAUGUUGCUUUAUAAAGCAGUCUUUUAUUGUACAAAAAAACUUACAUUCGUAAAAUUGAAGGACACUCUUUUGUGAUUCAAGUGUCUUAAGACUCUUUCGUAGAACUUAUUGAUAAAUUUAUUUGGAACUUCAUUAUUUAUAAAAUUCAUUUUUUGUGAUUUAAAUUUACGGUUUAAUUGCUUUAAAGUUGUGAAUAAAAUUCAUGCUCUAACAUCUAUUUCUGAUGGUAUUGGUAACAUUGGUAACGGUGAAAUUUAUAGUAAUGUUGUUGAAGCAAUGUAAUUGCGAGUCCAGAGUAUUUAUUAACAAGAAAAAAUUGAAGUGAUUUAUAUCAAUAUAAUAUUGAUCUUGAAAUCUAAUAAAUCUAAUAAAUAAAGUAUGUAUAUA